GUGGGACUUCCGGCGGGAGGCGGGGCCGAACCCGGAAGCGCAGAGCGGCAGGUGCAGCGGCGUGUCUCCCGAGCUGGGACGGCGAGAUCGCUGUCCCCGGGUGCAGGGAUGGCUCGGGGCGAGCGGCGCCGCCGCGGGGUGCAGUCAGAUGGUGCGCGGACGGCUGAGAGGAGGGGCGGCCCGGCGCGGCGGGACGGCCGGCGCGGCGAGGCCAUGGGCGCCCCCGGGAGGCCGGCUCUGGCCGUGGUGGUCCUGGCGCUGGCGCUGGCGCUGGGCCUGUCGGGGUCCUGGCUGCUGAGCUGGCAGCGCGCGCGCCGGGCCGUCACGCUGCACCCCGCGCCCCCCGCGCUGCCCCCCGACUCUUCCAGCCCCGCCGUGGCCCCGGGCCUCUUCUGGGGCACCUACCGCCCUCACGUCUACUUUGGCAUGAAGACCCGAAGCCCGAAGCCCCUACUCGCCGGACUGAUGUGGGCGCAGCAAGGCUCCACCCCGGGGACCCCUAAGCUCAGGCACACGUGUGAGCAGGGGGACGGCGUGGGCCCCUAUGGCUGGGAGCUCCAUGACGGCCUCUCCUUCGGGCGGCAGCACAUCCAGGAUGGGGCCCUGCGGCUCACCACUGAGUUCGUCAAGAGGCCCGGGGGUCAGCACGGAGGGGACUGGAGCUGGAGAGUCACUGUAGAGCCUCAGGCUCCAGGCACUACCGCCCUUCCAUUGGUCUCCCUGUUCUUCUAUGUGGUGACAGAUGGCAAGGAAGUCCUAGUGCCCGAGACAGGGGCCAAGGGACAGUUGAAAUUUAUCAGUGGACACACCAGUGAGCUUGGUGACUUUCGCUUUACUCUUCUGGCACCGACCAGUCCAGGGGAUACUACUCCCAAAUAUGGCAGCUACAAUGUCUUCUGGUCAUCCAACCCAGGACUUCCUUUGCUGACAGAGUUUGUGAAGAGUCGCCUUAAUAGCUGGUUUCAGCACCGGCCUCCAGGGGCUACCCCUGAACGUUACCUUGGUUUGCCAGGAUCACUUAAGUGGGAGGAUAGAAGCCCAGGUGGGCAAGGACAGGGGCAAGGGCAAUUCCUGAUACAGCAGGUGACUUUGAAAGUCCCUUUUUCUUUGGAGCUGGUGUUUGAAUCAGGCAGUGCUCGGGGAGGAGGAAGACAAACCUUGGAGCAGCUGUCGGGCAGCCUGCUGACCCAGGCCCUGAAGAGUCACGCCACAUCCUUUAGAGAACGUUUUGAGAAGACUUUCCGACUAAAUGAGAAGGGCCUCAGGGCUGAAGAGCAGGCUUUAGGUCAGGCUGCCCUCAGUGGUCUGCUUGGUGGGAUUGGCUACUUCUAUGGACAGAGUCUGGUGUUGCCAGAUAUGGGGGUUGAGGGGUCUGAGCAGAAGGUGGACCCAGCCCUCUUUCCACCAGUCCCUCUGUUCACAGCAGUCCCCUCCCGGUCAUUCUUCCCACGAGGUUUCCUUUGGGACGAGGGCUUCCACCAGCUGGUGGUCCAGCGAUGGGACCCCAGCCUCACUCGUGAGGCCCUGGGUCACUGGCUGGGGUUGCUCAAUGCUGAUGGCUGGAUUGGGCGGGAGCAGAUACUGGGGGAUGAAGCUCAAGCCCGAGUGCCCCCAGAAUUCCUGGUGCAACAGACAGCUCAUGCCAACCCCCCAACCCUACUUUUGCCUGUAGCCCAUAUGCUAGAAGGUGGUGAGCCUGCCAACAUGGUGUUCCUCCGCAAGGCCUUCCCCCGUCUGUAUGCUUGGUUCUCCUGGCUCCACAAGAGCCAGGUAGGGCCAGUGCCACUAUCUUACCGCUGGCGGGGUCGGGACCCAGCCUUGCCAACCCUACUGAACCCCAAGACACUGCCUUCAGGACUAGAUGAUUAUCCCCGAGCUUCACACCCUUCAGCCACUGAGCGGCACCUAGACCUGCGGUGCUGGGUGGCACUGGGUGCCCGUUUGCUGGCACAGCUGGCAGAGCAGCUGGGAGAUACUGAGGCAGCCACAGAGCUGGGCCCACUGGCUGCCUCACUGGAAGCAGAAGAGAAACUGGAUGAGCUGCAUUGGGCACAAGAGCUAGGAGUCUUUGCAGAUUUUGGGAAUCACACGAAAGCAGUGCAGCUGAAGCCUCGCCCCCCUCAGGGGCUGGUACGGGUGGUGGGCAGGCCCCAUCCUCGGAUGCAGUAUGUGGAUGCCAUGGGCUACGUCAGUAUUUUCCCUUUGCUUUUGCGGCUGCUGAAUCCCAACUCGUCCCACCUUGGGCCCCUGCUGGAUGUUCUAGCUGACAGCCGCCACCUCUGGAGUCCCUUUGGUUUACGCUCCCUUGCAGCCUCCAGCUCUUUUUAUGGCCAGCGCAAUUCAGAGCACGAUCCCCCCUAUUGGCGGGGUGCUGUGUGGCUCAAUGUCAACUACCUGGCCUUGGGGGCUCUAUAUCACUAUGGGCAUCUGGAGGGUCCCCACCAGGCCCGGGCUGCCAAGCUGCAUAGUGAACUCCGUGCCAAUGUGGUGGGCAAUGUGUGGCGGCAGUAUCACUCCACUGGUUUCCUAUGGGAGCAAUACAGCGACCGAGAUGGGAGAGGCAUGGGCUGCCGCCCUUUCCAGGGCUGGACUAGUCUUAUCCUACUAAUCAUGGCUGAAGACUACUAAGGAGACAGGACAGAAGGGGAGCCAGCCCCUUUUGUUUCAUUCUGGACUAGAGGGAUGAGGUCUUCAGCUUCUGCCCCCCCCCCCCAGCCCUCCUCAGUGACUAGGGCUUCAAACCCCUCUUGGUUCAUCUCAGGUGUUGCCUUGCUCCUUAUGCCAUCCCAUAGAGCCCUGUGGCAAAUGUGAAUUCAGAGUCUUAUUUUUCUAAAUAAAUUGGAAAACUGCCAAACUGA